AAUGCCUUCGUGUGCCCUAUGUAGUAGGUUAAUUAUCCAAUAGGAAGGCAUUUGGAUGUCAGUCGAAGUGAAGUGAAGUGAACGGGACACAGCCCACAGGCUUGACUGCACCCAUACCACCGGCAUUCCCAUCAUGCAACGCGAGGCCAUUACUUGCUAGCAGAAAAAAAAAUUAGUCCGGUGGUUAGCUGAGCCAUAGUGAACAGCCUGCGAGAAAGAUAGUCGAAAGGAAUUUCGGUAUUUUCAUCUGAAUCCAUAGCUAUAUAUCCGCAAACAUGAACGAUAACGAGAAGUUGGACAACCAGCGGUUGAAAAAUUUCAAAAAUAAAGGUCGCGAUUUGGAGACGAUGAGAAGACAGCGCACAGAGGUGGUCGUCGAACUGAGAAAGAAUAAGAGGGACGAGCACCUCUUGAAGAGGAGGAACGUGCCGCAUGAGGACAUCUGUGACGACUCUGAUGUCGAUGGAGAUUUCAGGACGCAAAACACCUCAUUGGAGGCAAUCGUCCAAAAUGCCACCAGUGACAACCAGGGCAUUCAGCUGAGUGCAGUGCAGGCUGCCAGGAAAUUGCUGUCGAGUGACCGCAACCCUCCCAUAGAUGAUUUGAUCAAGUCUGGUAUUCUGCCUAUUCUUGUGCACUGCUUGGAUAGAGAUGACAAUCCAUCUCUGCAGUUCGAGGCAGCCUGGGCUUUGACCAACAUCGCUUCAGGGACCUCGGAGCAAACGCAGGCAGUGGUUCAGUCCAAUGCAGUUCCCCUGUUCCUAAGGCUGCUCCAGUCUCCCCACCAGAAUGUGUGUGAGCAAGCUGUCUGGGCUUUGGGCAAUAUCAUCGGUGAUGGUCCGCAGUGCAGGGACUAUGUGAUCAGCCUCGGCGUCGUCAAGCCCCUGCUGUCCUUCAUCAGCCCCUCCAUCCCGAUCACCUUCCUGCGCAAUGUCACCUGGGUCAUGGUUAACCUGUGCCGUCACAAGGAUCCGCCUCCACCCAUGGAGACUAUCCAGGAGAUCCUGCCUGCCCUGUGUGUCCUGAUUCAUCACACAGAUGUCAAUAUCCUGGUGGACACGGUGUGGGCUCUGUCUUAUCUGACUGACGCUGGCAACGAACAGAUCCAGAUGGUCAUAGACUCUGGCAUUGUUCCUCACCUGGUGCCUCUCCUUAGCCACCAGGAGGUCAAAGUUCAGACUGCAGCACUGCGUGCAGUGGGGAACAUUGUGACCGGCACAGACGAACAAACACAGGUGGUGCUGAACUGUGACGCCCUGAGCCACUUCCCUGCCUUGCUCACACACCCCAAGGAAAAAAUCAACAAGGAGGCAGUGUGGUUCCUGUCCAAUAUCACAGCUGGGAACCAGCAGCAGGUCCAGGCAGUUAUUGAUGCCAGUCUGGUGCCCAUGAUCAUCCUUCUGCUCGACAAGGGAGAUUUCGGCACUCAGAAAGAGGCAGCUUGGGCCAUCAGUAACCUCACAAUCAGUGGCAGAAAAGACCAGGUGGCGUACCUGAUCCAGCAACAGGUCAUUCCACCCUUCUGUAACCUACUGACAGUCAAGGAUGCUCAGGUGGUGCAGGUGGUUCUGGAUGGACUGAGCAAUAUUCUGAAAAUGGCUGACGAAGAGGCAGAGACCAUCGCCAACUUGAUCGAAGAGUGUGGAGGAUUGGAAAAAAUCGAACAGCUACAGAAUCAUGAGAACGAGGACAUCUACAAACUGGCUUACGAAAUCAUCGAUCAGUUCUUCUCGUCUGAUGAUAUCGAUGAGGACUCGAGUCUGGUUCCAGAGGCCAUCCAAGGUGGAACGUACGGAUUUAAUUCAUCAACCAACGUGCCAGCAGAGGGAUUCCAGUUCUAGAAGGGGCGAGAUGAAAUCUGGAGAUUUGUUUGCGAUGCAGCACUCUAACAUGUACAAAAAAAAAAUUUAAUUAGGAGAGAAAGAGAAGCGCGCGAAUGUGAGAAAUUAGAUCCAUUGUGCUUAGCUCAUGGGAUCCAUGGCUGCAUCUAAUCCAAGAGAAAUUGUGUGGAUUUCGUUUGGCAUCCUGGCGUGAAUCCAGUCCAAAUGAAGUUUGUGACGGCGAGUGGGUGCGAGUGAGAAUGAGUGGGCUACUAAAUGUUGCAAAAAAACAAAACACAACCAUCUACACCGAAUGCGUUCAGAGAACAUUUCGCGAAAUGUCACACAAAUAUCAGGACGUGUCUACCAAACGACGACAAAAGCAAAUCGGCGCAAAACAAACCACGGGGAGAAACAAGAUGUCGCAACCUGAGCAAUUGGAGGAAAUGACACAAGAAAACAGACAAAACCUCUGAACAAGAAUAUACAAACAAACAAACAAACAAAAAAGGAACUGAGCAGCGGGAGGUGUCCUACCGGUUGGCGUCUCCCCUCCCCACAAUGGGCCCCCGCUGUGAGAGGUGUGUGCGAGUGAGCCGUUUUUGCGUAUGAAUGUAUGGACCCGGGGCCGAGGAUGCGGAGCUUACCUCCGAAAUCUCUAACUUUCAGCGCAUGUCAUUCUUCGACUGCGCUCCGUGUGCAAAGUGAGCAGAAGAAUGGGUGUGUGUGUGCGCGUGUGUGUGUAUGUGUGAGAGAGAGAGAGAGCGCGUGUGUGACUGACUGAAGUGUGUGUCGAGCAGGACUGAAUGUGGACGCAUGUGGAGAGUCACCAUCGAAAUACUGAAAGGAGCGUUAAUACAAAGUAGUCUGGAAAAAUCGAAUAAAGGAAGAAAAAAAAAGAAGUAAACAGCAAAGAAGAAGCGUCUGAUCAGAAAAGGAAAAAAAAACUUCAAGAAUAAAAAAUUUCAAAGCAACAGCAAUGAUUUAAAAAUGAGAAAGACAUCAGGUUUCUUUUCUUUCUCUUUCAUUUAUUUUUUUUUUUAAAUGACACUGGACUAGGCUCUUAAGUGAAGAAACGGAGGGCCGUCGUGUUUAAAAAAAAAAAAAAAAGAAAAAAAAAAGAUGCACUCCGUAGCUUUUGGGGUUUGCUUUUAGUCUCCAGUGUUUUACCUUUUUAUUUUAGCUUCUGAAUAUAUUUUCAGUGCUUGUGUAGAACUGCAGUUUAACCCUUACGAUCCCUCGAUACGAGUACCACUGUAGUUUUGCCUUUUUGGGAGAGAGAAAAAAAAAAUCCGUUGCAAUCACCCAUUCUUACCUUUCAAUACUCUGUAUAACUCUUCUGCAUGAUAUUUGUUCUUUUUAUUUUUCUUCUUGUAGGUUCCCAGUAGAGCCCUCACACCUUUUGUGGUGGUAAUAAAUGGAGAAAUAAGGCCAUUUUAUGUAAAGUCACGAAAAAUUCAAUCUUUACAUGUACUGAAAUGCAGCGUAGUUUUGUUAUUUUUGUUUUUUACUUCUGUUGACACAUUACUUUCUCCCCCCCCUUUAUUUUAUUUUAUUUGUAAACUUUUUACAUAUUUAACCCCUCCCAUGCCUCCUUUGUACUCACUUCUCAGUACCCACCUGAUCUGAUUCAGUCGAACCUGUUUUGCGUACACACUGAGGGCAGUGUGUGAUGAGUUGCAGAUUUAGGACUGAUAUGCCUGUCCCAUCAAACUAUAUGCAUAAUACAAAUACAAUCUUUUUUUUUUCCUUUUUUUUUUUUAUAUAUGUAUAUGUAGAUAGUCCUAAUUAAUGUCAAGCCACAUUAGAGGUGUAAUGCUUCACAAUAGUUUCAAUGAUUUGAAAUAAAUGACCUGCCUCUU